AACAGCGGACUCCGAGAGACAGAUCACCGCGAACCCCAGCUCUCCCUACCACCCUCCCACGACUCUCGGAACCAUGGCGGCAGUGGCAGCGGCCUCGGCUGAACUGCUCAUCAUCGGCUGGUACAUCUUCCGUGUGCUGCUGCAGGUGUUCCUGGAAUGCUGCAUUUACUGGGUAGGAUUCGCUUUUCGAAAUCCUCCAGGGACACAGCCCAUUGCGAGAAGUGAGGUGUUCAGGUACUCCCUGCAGAAGCUGGCGUACACGGUGUCCCGGACCGGGCGGCAGGUGCUGGGGGAGCGCAGGCAGCAAGCCCCCAACUGAGGCCGCAGCUCCCAGCCCUGGGCGGCCGUAUCAUCAGGUGCUCCUGUGCAUCUCAGCCAGCAUGGGAGCCAGCGCCGCGCAGGAAUGGGGGGUCCCCUGUGCUCCCUCGCCAGAGGAGCACUUGCCAAGGUCAGUGAGGGGCUGGUAGGCCCCCCGGAGAAGCAGCACCGACAAUGACGACAAAACUAGAUCCCUUCCCAACCCCUUUGCACCGGUCCCUCUGCAGGAGGGGUGGGGGUUGAGAGGGGUGGGGGGAGCAGACCCCAAGAUCUGGGCACAGGCAUCGCAUUCUGAUCUGGACCAAGUCGGGACAGCACCAUCCAUGCCCCGGAGCCACCACGGCCAUGCCAACAGGCCCUAUCACGGAGAUCCAAACACCACAACAGCCAGCAGAAUGGACACUGCAACAUCACCAGUCGGAGCCCUGAAUCUCAAUGCAGCAGAGAAGGCGCAACUGAGUGGCAGGACUGGAGGGCAUGGGCAGCAAAGGAGGAGGGUUUGGAGGAGGGUUAAGAAAUACAAUGGGGCCCUCUCAGUGUCCCUUGCCUACAGUGCGUGAGCAUACCAGCCCUGCUGCCUCUGCUCCCUCCAUUCCUCUUUUCUCCUGACUACCCAGCCCAUCCUACCCCCCAAAAUGUGUCACCUGAUUUGGACCUAUACAGCCAAUAAAAGAAUCCCAAUCAUUGUACUAAAACACCUUCUCCGAGCUCCCUGCCCCUCACUGAUCUUGCUUUCCCAGGUCUCACGCAGUUGUGGUCAAUAUUGUGGUAAUCGCUAAUUGUACUGAUUGUUUAAGUGUGCGUUAGUUGUGUCUCCCCAGCUAGAUUGUAAGCUCCUGGAGGACAGGGACCGCCUCUACAAAAAAUAAAAAACAGUACCUCCCCCGUCUCGCACAGUGUCCUAGGACCCUGCGGGUCGGUGGAGGCGCACC